CCACGACGCACGUGUCUCUUUUGCACGGGAAGCGUUGUUGCUUCUUGUUCGCCGCGCUCUCGACCUCCCCGUUUCUUCCUCCCUAUCACCUCCCCAAUCUCUCUCUCUCUCUCUCUCUCUCUCUCUCCGUUCUCCGAAUGGUUUGAUCUUGUUCUGAUACCAAAUCUUUAACUUUGCUCUUUGAUUUUAGGUAAACCUGGAUCUCGUUGUUUCUUCGGCAGCUUCUCGUCCUUAGUCGUGGCUUCGAUUUCUUGUUAUUUGCUAUUGAUCUGAUGCAUUGUCUGCGACAGCGGGAGAUCUUCUUGGUAGGUAGAAUUUAGGAUCAUGGUGAAAGACGCCGAGUACUAUGAUAUCUUGGGCAUCAGCGUUGAUGCAUCUUCUGCUGAGAUAAAGAAAGCCUAUUACCUCAAGGCAAAAUCAGUGCACCCAGAUAAAAAUCCAGGAGAUGCACAAGCUGCUCAUAAUUUCCAGGUACUUGGUGAGGCUUAUCAAGUCCUGAGUGAUCCUGCAAAACGGGAAGAAUAUGAUAAGCAUGGAAAGGAGGGUGUUCCCAAGGAUUCCAUGGUAGAUCCUGCUGCUGUCUUUGGGAUGCUUUUUGGAAGUGAACUAUUUGAAGAUUAUGUUGGACAGCUAGCUUUAGCAACCAUAGCUUCGAUAGAAGCUGAGGAAUCACAGGUUUUAGAAACUCGGAGACAAAGAGUGCAAGAGAAAAUUAAGGAGUUACAGAAAGAAAGGGAACAGAAACUAGUCCAAAGUUUGAAAGAUCGUCUUCAUCUAUAUGUGACUGGGCAAGAACAGGAGUUCAUUAAUUGGGCAAACUCUGAAGCUUGUCAUCUAUCUCGAGCUGCUUUUGGGGAGGCUAUGCUCCACACUAUUGGAUAUAUAUAUGCCAGACAAGCUGCAAGAGAAAUUGGCAAGAGCAGACGAUACAUGGGCAUGCCAUUUGUAGCUGAGUGGGUAAGAGAUAAGGGCCACUUUGUUAAAUCACAAGUUAAUGCAGCAUCAGGUGCAGUUGCAUUAAUACAGCUUCAGGAAGGGAUGAAAAAGCCAGAAGGAAGUGACGACAAGGACCUUACGAUGAACAUUGAAGAGAAAAAGGAUGCAAUGCUUAGUUCCUUGUGGAAAAUAAACGUGCUCGACAUAGAAUCAACACUUUCACACGUCUGCCAAGAAGUUCUCAAAGAUAAUAGUGUUUCCAAGGACGUGCUGAAGUUGCGAGCCAAGGCGUCGAAGAAGUUGGGAACAAUUUUCCAAGCAAGUGAAUUUUUUAGAAAACAAGCUCUCGUUUGCAUGCUGCUUUCUGCUUUUCUGGACAGCUCAAUGGCAUGCUUAGACUAGACAAGACCAAGAAUAAUAAAUAGAAACCAGUGGCUUUUGAAAAAAAUAUUUCUUAAGUGCUUUCCGCUUCCCUUUCUCAAGAUCUAUUUCUGCUUAUUAUCACCUUUGUUUUUGCUUUGAAAGAAAAAAAAAUUAGUAAAAGAUAUUAGUUAAUGGUAUAGAUAGAAGAGCCGAGACAAAAAUAUUAGUCAAGUAGAAGUUUUCUAGCACUGUUUGUAGGUGAAUAACUCAUCAUUCAAUCCCAUGGUGCUUAUGCUUUGUGAUCAUUCAGUUUACAUCUUGAUCCUUUAAAAAUUGGUGAUAGGACAUUUGUUCAAUGGAGACCUCAGAGGUAAUUACUGGAAAUUAUAAAUAUGUAUUUAAUUUCUCUUAAUUUAACUAAGGAUAUUAACUUGUAUUGAUCUCAAUUGUGGUAAUAAGUCCAUGUAGUUGAUCCUAAGUGGUUGAGAUAUUACAACUUGUUGUUAUUGUUUAUCCCCUUUGUUUUUGCUUUGGAAAAGGUGCUACCAUCUUAUCUGAAAGUAGAAUUUUUCUAGCACUAUUUGUUGGUGAAUAACUCAUCAUUCAAUCCCAUGUUACUUAUGCUUUAUGAUCAUUCAGUUUACAUCUUGAUCCUUUAAAGAUUGGUGAUAGGACAUUUGUUCAAAUAUCUUAUAAGCAACUCUUUGUCAUCUGAUAACUAAGUAUUGUGAAGAUGACCUGGAAUCAAUAUCAAUCAGAGAUUGUCAAUGUAGAUGAGCUUACCCUGGUAGUGAUUCUUCUAGUUAUAAUUGAUGAAGUUUGUCUAAAGUAAACAUCAUCUUUCAUUUAAUCAGGGUGCUAAAGCUCUUUAUAGGCGGGAAAACAGUCUUCGUGUCGAGACUGGAACCAGUGGCUUCAUGCGAUGAACAGCAGCCUUGUCAAAGAUAUGUAUCGAUCAAAUUGUCAUCACUGAUGUUUAUGGUGAAGAGAACUUGUAUUAGAAAGUGGCUGCUAGAAAUAGUAUGCAAUGUUCAUCUGAAAUCAUCAUGUCUUGGGAGUACCCAUCCUUGAUUUGGUUUCUGAUACUGCCUAGGUUGUAUCCACUUCUUGGAUCAUCAAUGGCAGCAUAACAUAUCAUAUUUGGGUAUGGUAUAGGGUUUGGAUGUUUCACACCAAUAUUAAGAUUAAUCCAUGUCCAAUUUUUUUC